GAAUGGCGUCAGAGCUUGAAUCGCUUGUUAAAGAACCCGAUGAAAGUUCAAUCGCAAUUCAUGUUGUCGAUUUUCUCAAUUCUCGUUUUAAUGAACUGGAAGAUCUGGGAAAGUUGAAUACUGUAUUAUCCGAAGUGAAGAGUAACGAACAAAAAUUUAAUGAAAAAUGUAUUGAAACGCAGUCUAAAACUUCUGAAAUACUUAAGCAAUCUCUUCAAGCUUUCAAUUCUACUGUCACUGACCUUGAGGAUUUUCAGGCUACACGUCUAGAACUUGGAGAUGUAUUAGCUGAUCAUUGUAAUACCGUGACUUCCAAUCCUUCAAAUUUACAAGAUAACUUUUCUGAUAAUAAGACGCUAAUGGAUGAGUUAAUCAUGCUGCAACAACAGGUUGAUAGUUUAGAAAGAUCAAAACAGUACCUAAAAGUGUUAGUUGUCGCUGAAGAAUUGAGCGCGCAGACAAAACAUUUAAUUGAAAGAUCUCCUCAUAAAGCUCUUAAUCCAUAUAUUCAACUCACGAAUCUUUUGCAUAGCGUAAAAUCUAAAAGUAGGGAUGCUGGACAUGUGGUCACUCAUUUGGAUGUGUUUUUACAACAAAGUGUGGAUGUACUUUGGGAAGACAUGAAAAAUAAAUUAAAAAAGAAAUUUCAACAAUCCCUAGAUGCACUUAGUUGGCCAACGCCUAUAAAACUUCCUUAUCCACAAGUUACAACUGACAAGUUAUCAUCAUUUAAAAAAGCUUUUACUGAAUUACUUUUAUUACAAAGACCAAUAAUUAUUUCCGAUGAGUCAACCUCUACAAAAUCUUCUUCAUCUAUUGAAAAAAAUGAUGAUGAACUUCCCCCUCUUUUACCCAUUCAAAUAAUGGUUGAACCUUUGAUUGUACGAUUCCGUUAUCAUUUUGAUUCGAAAAGACCUACUAGUCGCAUAGAUAAGCCUGAAUGGUAUUUCUCUCACGUUCUCACCACAAUACAUGAGCAUUCGCCAUUCUUACAAGGCGCCAUACAAGCUAUAGUAGACGAAGCUGGUUUUCAAGAAUAUCACGCAAAGAAUGAUUUUAUACGAUGCUUACUUGUUGGUGUAACAAAAAAAUUGGCUCAAAGUGUACCAGAAUUAUUGAAAUUCUCUCAAGUAUUUUCUCAUACAGUUUUCGAAACUUUACAAUUUGAUCAAACACUUCGUGAAUUACAUAUGUAUAUUCCACCGGGUCAGAAUGAAUGGAAAGGAUGUGUUGAAGUUUUUACUGGAAAAAAAGAAACAUUUAAAGCUUGGUUAAAAGUUGAAAAAGAAUUUGCAGAAGCGCGUUAUGAUGAGAUAAUGCAUUCGGAAGAUGCGUGGGAAUUAAUAGAUGAGGAUAUCUCAGAAGAUGACUUUAGACCAACUAAAUCAUCUGGAAAAUUAAUUAAUCUUUUGGAGCUAAUUACAAGUCGCUAUAAAUUGUUACCCAUGUUUCAUAAUCGUAUUCGUUUUUUUGCUGAUAUCCAAGCUGAUUUGCUAAUGGAAUAUGCUCGAAGAAUUGAUUCUGCUGUGGAUGCUUUUGAAAAAAGUUUAAGUUAUUCUUUUGUAAGAUCUGUUCCAAAUUCUGCGAAUACAGAUGGGAAAUCACAUACAGGUAUCGAAGAUUUAAAAAGAUUAUGUCGAUGGCUUAAUAGUGCUGGCUUUGUUAGUCGGACAAUUAAAGAGUGGGGUGAAGAUGCUUUUUUUCUUGAGUUAUGGCAUGAAGUUACUGUACGUGCGGCUCGUAAUACUGCUACUUCACCUUUACCAUCACCUACUUCAUCUGAGAGUUCUGAUCAACUACAAGAGACAUCUUCCGUACAUCAAGAACAGAUCACUGUUGAUGAGGGAACUGUCUUUGAUGAUCCUGCAGGAUUGUUUGAUAGCUCUUGUGAAAAGAUCCAGUCAUUAAUAAUAAAAAACGUGUCCAAAGGAUUCUUUAAUGGGCUAAAAGCAUAUUACAGAAAAAAUAAUUGGUCACGAUCAGACAUAUACAACGUUGAUCCUACAAUAAUAUCUCACCAACCUUUGUAUAAACGAGAAGAAUCAUCUGAAUCUUCAAAAGAUAAUAACAUUAAUAUAGAAAUAGAAUUAUCACCGGAGCUUUAUACUCCAUUGUCAGAUUUGGCACAUUCUCUCACGUUUCUAUCAAACCAUUUACCCUCAAGAGUAUUUAAAUCUAUAUACAAAGAAAUUUCUAAAGAAAUAGAAGAUUAUUUAUGGAAUCGAAUAUUGAUGAGAAAUCAAUUUUCUGAAAUGGGUGGUAGGCAAUUUGAAGUAGAUAUGAUUAAAGGUUUAUUCACGGUUGGAAAAAGAUGGGUUCAGAAACCAGAAAAUUAUUUUAGAAGAUUAAAAGAUGCCUGCGUCCUGCUUACUAUUCCUUCAUCUCAUCAAACUACAUCUGUUGUUAAACAAAACAACUCUGUACAACAAAAAACAUUGAGUCAAGUUAUGCGUGUUUUAUUUGAUGAUGAUCUAGAAAUUUCGGAAAUACAUAAAAUGCUUGAAAAUUUAUGUGUUUAUCAUCUUCCACCAAAAGAAGCAAGAGAUGUUGUUAGAAGAAGGGUCGAAUGUUGGAAAUGA